AUGUCCACAUCACGUAUUGGCGCUUAUUUGCCUCGACAUAUCAAAGGAUACUUAUGGGUCAGUUUACUGGUAGCAACAUUCAUUGUUAUGGGACUGAGCGAAAAUGGUGUUCUGUUCGUGGAUAAGUCACAAGACCAUUCUAUAAAUCUAGAUCUACCACCCAUAAAUCCUUCGGCACCCAUAAAGAAUAUCGUCGACGACGAUGACGCAAAACUGGCAGUACAAGAACCAAACAGAAUCUACAGUACCGCAGGUCUCGAUCCGAAGGAUGUCAUCAUUUUGGUCAAGACUGGUGCUACAUCAAUUUGGAGGAGAAUGCCUAUGCACAUGUCGACCACGUUAGGAAACAAACAACUCACUCCGAACAUCGUCUACUACUCAGAUAUUGCGGAUAACAUCAAUGGAAAUCCGGUCAUUGACUCCCUCGCAAACGUGUCAGCAACCCUCAAAGCAUCACCUGAUUUUGUACUCUACAACAAAGCCAAAGAGUCUCUCAGCGAUAACUUGUAUCAAGAAAGCGCAAGCAUGGAGGGCGAUUCUUAUUUACCGGGUGGAUGGAGACUGGACAAAUACAAGUUCUUGCCCAUGUUUCAACAUGCUGCUAUACAUCACCCUGGCAUGAAAUGGUAUGUGUACAUGGAAGAUGACAACUACUUCUUCUGGGAGACACUUUACGCAUGGCUUGCAACUCUAGAUCAUACGUCCCCUAUUUUGGUCGGAUCACCAGCUUUUAAGAUGGGCGAGGACUUUGCCCACGGUGGAUCCGGAUUCGCCAUAUCAGGGAAAGCUAUGGCGACCUCAUUUGGUGCAGAGAAAACUCUGGCUGAUAAGUAUGAAUCGUAUGCGAAAGAGCAUUGCUGUGGAGAUCAGGUGCUUUCACAUGCUAUGAAAGAAAUGGGCGUAGAACGAUUCAAGGAAUUAGACGGAGGUGGAUGGGCUGCUUUACAAUCACUUCCGACAUACAGAAUUGGCUUUGGUGACUGGAACUGGUGUUCACCAAUCAUGAAUAUCCAUAAAGUCCAUCAAGCUGAUAUCUCCAAGUUGUUCGUUUUUGAGAACAAGUUCAUGCAAGAAACAAAAGGAAAAGGACGAAUUCGCUACCGCGAUGUUUUCAAACAUUUCUUCGCUCCAACACUAGUUGCUGCGCGCUCGGAAUGGGAUAAUUACGCAGGAUCCAAAUCAUUCUCUUCAACGGAAGACUCCUAUACGCCUGAAUUCAAAAAGAUGACUGCGGCGCAAAGGAACGAGAGACCAUGGGCAUCAAAGGAAAAAUGCAAAAAAGCUUGUGCAGACUGGGAUCAAUGUUUGACCUGGAAGUAUCAAGAUGAUAAUUGCCAUCUUGAUCAUACGGCGGCCAUGGGACAGAAGGUUAAUGAGGGUGUUUAUAUGGAGAGUGGUUGGAUGGUGGAUAGAAUUGGGAAGGCUCUCGAAAAGAAGGAAUGCGGUGCUUUGGAAUUUUAA